ACCAUUGGACCAUUGGACCAUUGGACCAUUGAACCAUUGAACCACUGCUGUAAUUAGCCAUUCAGCCUCAUGUAAUCACAGCUACUCAGUUGAAUCCUACCAUCUGUGGUAGAUGAAGGAAAAAGAGAUGGGACGAAGAUGAAAGGAAAUAAAGGAGGGAUGAUGACACCAAAGGUUACCUGCAGGAGAGAUUUAAAGCAGUCAAUCAGUCGGCCUCACUUUCACAGAGUCCACUGGAGGAACAAACACAGGACGCAGCAGCAGAACAGACACACACACACACACAGAACCAUGAUGGAAUACUACCAGAUACUAGGAGUUCCCAAAGGAGCAACGCAAGACGACAUCAAAAAGGCAUACAGAAAGUUGGCACUGAAGUGGCAUCCAGACAAGAACCCAGACAACAAAGAAGAAGCAGAGAGGAAGUUCAAAGAGCUGUCGGAGGCCUAUGAAGUUCUCUCAGAUGAAGAUAAGAGGAGCAUUUAUGACCGAUACGGAAAACCGGGGGGAGGGGGAGGAGGGGGAGGAGGAGGAGGCGGUUACGAUCACUUUGGCGGCGGCUUCACAUUCCGUAAUCCUGAGGACGUUUUCAGGGAAUUCUUUGGAGGCAGAGAUCCAUUUGCAGACCUUUUUGCUGACGACCCGUUUAAUGAUUUUCAUUUUGGAGGAAGUCGCAGUCGUCAGAGGGGUCCGAGCCGGAACAGAAUGGGGGGUUCAGUCUUUGGUUUCGGGGGCUUCCCAUCUUUUGGGGCUGGUUUCUCAGGGUUUGACUCAGGUUUUGGCUCCUUUGGAGACAUGAGCGGGGGAGGAGGAGGCUUCACCUCCUUCUCCUCAUCGUCUUUCGGCAGCGGCGGAGGAGCAUCAGGCAACUUCAGAUCGGUGUCCACCUCCACCAAGUUUGUCAACGGCAGGAAAAUUACAACCAAACGAAUCGUGGAGAACGGUCAGGAGCGAGUUGAGGUGGAAGAAGACGGUCAGUUAAAAUCUCUAACAGUCAAUGGUAAGGAGCAGCACCUCCAACUGGAUAACAAGUAAAUGACACUCCACCUGAUUUAUACAAUACUCAGACCCAACGAACCAAAACCCACACAGUCUGUGACCAGGUGACCCGCAGUCUGUGACCAGGUGACCCACAGUCUGUGACCAGGUGACCCACAGUCUGUGUGACCAGGU